CACGGAGUAGCCAUCCCCACUUCUCCCUGUCCCUCCCCACCGGCCACCCGGACGCCGCACUUGGUCCACCGCCGGCGCCCGCGCCGCCCGCGCUCUACGUCUCCACUCUCCACACCUGCCUGUCUCCCUCAUCCAGCGCAAGCCCGAGGCGCCCGCCGCUGCCUGCCGCUAUUGGGGCGACCGGAGAUGGAUGGGGAGGAGGAGAAUGUCGGGCCGUUCCGCCGGACCAGCGCCCGCACGCGCCGUAUGGCCUCACGCAUGGCGUCUGCGCUCGCCAGCUCGGACAACCGUGCCCAGGCUGCUUUAGCUCGCCUUGAAGCUCUUGAGAGUGACAAUGCCGGUGUUGAGGUGGUAGAUCUUAAUGAUGAUGAGUAUGGAUCCACGGACGAGGAAGACCCUGUUCUCAUGCAAAAGAAGCAGUCCAAGAUUAUGAAACGCAAGACAAGGCAAGGGAAAGCUUUGGAGAAGAGGGCAGCAAGAUCAUUCAUGGAUGUCUUACAAGAAGCAAAUCUGGAAUCCCUGCCUCCUCAUGUCCCAACAUAUUUGAGGGCUGCUGUGGGUCCACCGAGCACUUCAUCUCGACGGCACUACUGCUCAGUCUGUGGUAGUUCUGCAAACUACACGUGCGUGAGGUGUGGAACCCGGUUUUGUUCUUGCCGCUGUCAAGUCAUACACAAUGAUACGCGCUGCCUGAAAUUUGUGGCUUGACCAACUGGAUAUACAAGCUACACUUCGAUGUAUGUCCACUCCCUAACAAUUUCUCAUCUGUGGUUUGAUCAGUAGGAUAUGCUUGCUGUGUAUGUUUUGUACUCUGUAUGAUGGGGUAGGUAGUGGUAGGAAACUGGUUUUGUUUGCUAUGUGCAGCAGUUGAAAUUACUAGGCUGUAGUGUGUAAGCCAACCACUAUAUAUUGAGAAAAUGUUAUGCGAGUACGUAGCUGUGUUUUGCUUAGCUUUGCCUGAUUUUCCAUAAUUUUCUAUUGUUGUACUCGACUCAUAAUAUUUGUAAUCACCACCGCCUUAGUUUCACUCUUGGCAAUCAUUUCCCAGAUUUUUAUGCCUCCAGCGAACGUGUGCCAAUAAAGUGCCUUUUGUUACAAGGAUAUGCUUGUUCUGUAUGUCCUAAUGUGUAGGUGUGGGUAGGUGAGGUAAGUGAUAGAAAACCAUUUUCUCGGCACUGCACUGUAGUUGCAGGUGCCUGGUAGAUCUCUUGUAAGCCGACCAUUUUGUUUUUCCAGAAAUGAUAUGCGAGUACCUGCAGUUAUGCAGUAGAGCUGAAAGCCUGAAAGUAGCUCUUUGUUUCAGUAUAUCUGAAUUGUAAUUUGACAUUGUUUCUUGGUGAAUCAAAUGUGAGCUACUGUACUCUGUUGCAAAAGGUAGAGCCGUAGAGAAAUGGUUUCUUGCAAAAGUAGAUGUGAAUGGGCAUGUAACUACCCCAAUUAAUUAGCAUAAGGUAGAGAAAUGCAAAAGACAUUACUACAAAUGGUAUGCUAAUACUUGUACCCAUGUAGCGGAGUGUUACAUAUGAUCCAAAUAAAUAUGAUAUUUAA